CUCCAACAAAGCAACACCACAUCUAUAGAUAGCUUUACUUGGAAACCAUUCAAAUUUUAUCCGGUUGGGUUAUGCCACGUCUACGAUGGCAUCACAGCGACCACGUGCCACAAUUGCGUCCUUCCAUGUUUGUCUAUGAACAUUCACAGAGAAGACAUUACUGGGGCUGUUUAUUGGUUUUCCUCUUCACACAUAAUUUCUUCAGUUUCAAGGCAGCAGCAAGGUAGUGGAACGGUAAGCAUGGGCAUGAGGGCCCUUCCUCUCUCCUCUUCCAAUAACUGCUUUCCCCCGUUGAUAGGUUUGUCCUCCAAAACCAUAGCCAUUAGAUGCAACAGAGCUACCAUUAGAGCUGGAGGGAUCUGGGCUACGGCUGAGCAGAAGGGGGAGGAAGGCGAGCUGAAAAUAAGCAAGCCUUCUCUGUUUAGCAGCAUCACAGAGGCUCUAGAUUUCUCCCAGGCCAGAUCCUCUCAAGAUGCCCAGCUUAUUGAAGAUGCGAAGGAGGCCACCAAAUCUGGAGGCAAGAUGAACCGAGAGCAGUAUGGCGCCCUUCGGAGGAAGAUUGGCGGCACGUACAAGGAUUUCUUCAAAUCUUAUGUUGAUGUUGAAGGCCAAUAUGUGGAAGAAGGCUGGGUGGACAAGACAUGCAAGAUUUGCAAGACAGAUACCAGAGGAGAGCCAAGGCAAGUUGACAGGUUCGGAAAAUAUGUUCAUGUGGCAUGCUUGGGGAAAUCCAAAUCCAACAACUUUUUCUUCAAGCUCUUCUCAAGAUGAGGCUUUCAUGUUAUUCAUUGCACCGCUCCUUUACAAAACAUAUGAUUUUGUUGCUUUAGGAUACAUAUUACAUUUGUUGUUUAAGACGGGCUAUUACUCUACUUUUGAUAGCUUCAAAAAGUCAUUUAAAUUUUAUUGUAUUUCAAUCAGGUGAUACUA